AAAAAAAUCCCUACGCCGUCUCGAUGGUAGCUUUACCAUCGUCUCCCGCCGGGAAAUUCUCUGUUCCUCAAUCCCAGCUAGAAAAAAAAAUCGAGUCUUUCAACGCCAAACCCUUAGCUCCAGUUGAAGGAGCUGCGAGAUUGAAGGUCCAUCCGGAAGCGAUUCAUCCUGCUUGCCGAGACCAACUGACUGCUUCGAGUUUGGGUAAGCAGAUCAUGUGUAGCAGAAAAAGAGAGGAAGAUUGCCAAUAUCAUGCGUUAAUCUCAAAAGGAGAGGGGAAUAUUGCCAUUACCAUGCCAUCCUCUGCUUGCAACCAGAGGAAGAAGGCUGCAUUUUCCGGUGGUGGUUCGCUCCCGGAUGAGAUAAUCAUGGAGGUGCUACUGCGGCUCCCUGUCAAAUCCAUACUCCGCUUCCGGGCCGUCUGCCGCUCCUGGGCUAUGUUCUUCUCCACUGAGCAGUUCUGCAAUCUCCACAUGGCGACCCCCAAGAUAGCACCGCCGAAGCUACUGUUUGUCUCACCCACAUCAAGACCCGGCUCCACAGAGGUGUUCUCAUGCUCCCCCUCAGGCCCCAAAGAUGACCUGCUGUUCACCCUUGACUCUGCCUGCGGCAACUCGAUGCAGGUUGUCAUGCCAGCGCCGUGCCAUGGCCUCACCCUUCUGUUUGAUGCUGUUGCGCCAGCUUACUACAUCUGCAAUGCUGCCACACGAGCAGUAACACGUCUGCCACCUUUCCGUUACUUGGUCAGGUGUACAUCUACCGGGCUGGGAUUUGAUGCCAGGACAAGAAAGUACAAAGUGGUCAGACUGAUCAAAGGGUCACGCCAUGACAAUGAGUCCGUAAGGUGUGAGGUAUACACACAUGGAAGUGGUUAUGGGGAUUGCUGGAGGCCGCCUACUGGAGGAAUACCCUUUGGAUUGUGCAGGUUUGCAGGUGCUGCUGUUAAUAAUGCGGCAUUCUUCAGUCUACCACCUGUGUUUGCAAAUGGACACCUGCACUGGUUGGUCCAGCCUUCUUUGUUCUCCAAAAAGCCAAGAGCUGCUGUGAUAUCAUUUUCUCUUGCGGAGGAGACCUUCAGUUUUGUUGGGCCACCACCGUUCUGGACAUCAGAAAUGUACUCAUCCACACCAUUGUCAGCAUCAGGUCCAGAGUUUGUCCCCUUCUGCCCCGGGACAUUAGGAGAGCACCUAGUGCAGAUGGAUAACCAACCGUGUAUGGUCCGAGACCUUCGAUAUAAUCGUAAUGGUGGUUGCGUUCUGGAGAUAUGGAAAUUGCCGGAUCGUAGCUCUUGUGCUUGGUCACUGAAUCAUCGCAUUUCUUUGUUAGGGCGUGUGGCAACAGAUUUACGUCAGCCCAAGGUUGUGAGAGUUAUUGGUUCUACAGGCACUAGCAUGUCAACGAAGAAGAUCCUCAUCGCUACUAGCAUGCACAAAAUCUGCGACAAGUUUCAGAAGAAGGUUUACACCUAUGACCUUAAUUCUGAAUCUUUAGAGACCAUUCUUUCAAUCACCGUGGCACAUGCAUCGCUUGAAGGCAUGAAUCCAAGUUCAAGAUUCAGUUUAUUUGAAGAGAGCCUUGCCCUGGUGCAUGAAACAGUUGAAAAGAUAAAAUUGUCAACUACUCCGCCUCCCAACCGAAACUAGAUGGUAUCCAUCGAGCUUGUAUGAUGUCGAUUUUCAUGUUUUUAGAUAUUUUUUCCCUGGCAUCUAUUGACCCCUUUUGUAAGAGCAGUCGUUCCUUUUUUGCUUUGAGAUGUUGAUUAUCAUUUAGCAUGCGGAAGUUAUUUCAUGUUUUCAUACCUUGUAGAGGACACACGCACACAUUGAUCCUUCACUUAGUACUACUGAUUUAUCACUUAAUUAAGCAGUUAAAUUCAAGUGUACUAUUUCUGUUCCAUCAGUAGGAAAGAGAAACUAACUAAAAUCAGAAUAGUACUGUUCUCUUAUCAAAACAAUCGAGACCGUAAAUGGUUAUUAUAGACCAUGAAUCAUAGCAGACAAUGGUCACAUACAAAUGCACACUGCAACACGUUUCCAUUACUGGAAAUUCAGAGCAAAUGUUAUUAUUAGUUAGUCAGAGCAAAUGUUAUUAUUAGUUUGCAAACUCAAGUUUGGAGUAUAGGCUUACCUAAUGCAUCAGGUUAUCUGAUAACUGUAGCGUGUGUUUCUGCAUGUAUAAAGUGCUUUUUGCUUGGGUAAAAGCUUAUGUGCAAACAAACUUAAGUAAGCCCACCAAGUGAUAAAUUUCUUCUAAUCAGUACAUUGUUUAAGUGGGUUCUAUUAGGUCUUAUCGGGUUAAUCUAUGGGUAGGCACAAGCUCUUAUAUUUGUUGUUUCUUGUGAGCUUCUGAUCGUUUAAACAUUUGUUUUAGUAUGUACUCCCUCCGUCCCGAAAAACAUGUCGCAGUGGCACUUUUAUGAAAAUCCCCUCAGCGAAUUCCCGACACAACCCGCACUCCCUGGUCGUCUCCCUCGCUCGUCUCCCCUGCGCGCCGAAGGUCCCCUGCUGGGUUCCCCCACGCCGGAGGUCCCCUGCUCGGCUCCACCGCGCGUCGCCGAAGCUCCCCCGCCCCCGCCCCACGCCUCCACCGCGCUUCCCUCUCCUUGUUCCCUUAUUCGUUCCCCAUGGUGAAUCACGGGAAGGAGAAGGCUCGAUUUUUGUUUCGAUCUGCUCUCCGGCGGCAGCGGCCUUUCCCGAGCUUGGCGAGCUGGAGCUGGCCCUUCCCGUCGUCAACCACCUCCUCGCCAGCUGGCCGUCGUAGACCACGAAGCCGGUCCCCGCCAGUUCCUUCACCUCGCCGCCAACCUCGUCCAUCUCGCUCCCCCGCGCACCUCCCUGGAGUCGGCAGAAGUUCUCCACUUUCCUCCGUCGGCAGCAGCAACCAUCCCCGCCUUCGCCGCCCAGCAACCAGCACUGCCCGCGACGACAGAGAAAAGUUGCAGUUGCAGUUGCAGCAGUACGGGCCUGGAGAUUUGGUGACUGUCUUGCUGUUCGGUGAUGCAGCAGAACACUUGCAGUUGCUUGGGUGGCCUGGCCCUUUCAGUUGCAACUUGCAAAGUUCUGCAUAUGAUGUGCACCCUUGGUCAUCCGAUCCCAUGAACUGCUAACGAAACAACGCCCAACGUCGUGACUGUGGUCACGUUCUGCAACCAAGCAACCGCCCUCCUCCGUUCUCCUCCAGCAGCAGCAAAAGGUUUUUUCCUCUCCCUUGUUACUGAAUUUAAGUUGGAGACAACAUUUAAGUUAUGAACCUUGUUACUAAAUCAUGUUGUGAAUCACUUAAGUUCUGAACCAUUGGAAUUUCUGAAUCAUGAACUUUGUUAAGUUUUUAAAAAGAUGAGUACUAGUACAUCCAGGACACAUAGGCAACCCAAAUCCGACAUGUUAGUAAGAUUUGUACUAUCUCAAAAUUCACUCAGUUGGCAAAGAAAGGCUGCUAUGCACAUAAAAUUCAGUUUACUCCAAAAUCAGUAAACUGAAUUUAUUUUUCAAUUCAUAUACACCAGGCACUUAAUUCAGUAAACUGAUUCAUUUAAAGUAAACUACCUAUUUUUUUACCUAACUACCUAUUCUUAGAUUCAGUCAGAUAACUACCUAUUCUUUUUUUACAAUCAUGCUCUCUUUAUUUACAAUCUGAACAAAUUAAAGAAAGGAAAAGGAACUACAGCCAAGAAGGCAUGCAUGUAAGUAUCUUGGAUCUUGGCAUUUACUCAUGGAAUAUGCAUCAUUUUCUCUCAACUCAAUUAAUCAGAGUACGACAUGGCAAACUUCUGAAUAAAUUUCCAAGACAUCACAAGCGGGAACAGUUCUACAACAGCACAUCUACUGAAUUUUGUGGAGUGUAUGGUUUGUACUGAAUUUUUUUCACUAAUUUGCACUGGAUUUCAGUUAAAUCUUCAGUACAUUUUCAGUUAAAUUUUGAGUUGAAUAUGCAGUACAUUAUGUGAUGUUUUUUCUGAAAUUAUUUCGUUCACACCAAUUGUUUAUCUCAACAUCUGUAGAGGUUAUGCUUGUGCUACUGAAUUUGAAAUUGAACAGAAUUAUCUUUGUUUGUUGCUUACUUGACACUGGCCACAUUACUUAGAUGUGCUAGAACCUAAAGAUAGACACUGUUUUAGAAAGAAAUGAAACAGGGCAACUAACCAAAAAGAAAGCAGAGUAUCUUUAAUCCAUAUAUUAGUUGCUCUUCCAUAUUCACAGAUUUGCGUCUGGCCGUGGCCUAUGUGCACAUGAUAAAUUAAGAUUCUCACAGUGUCCGAAGCAGCAGUAGACACAAUUGUGCAGUUACCCAAUUGAUAAAUUAAGAUAGAGUGUGAAUUUCAAUAAAAUUGGCCAUCGGUUCACUAUUUUGAUGUCUAGGAGGAACUGGAGCAAACUCUGGUUGGCAUAUGAGAUUUGAGCACGGCCGAAGCGAACAAACAUCCCAGCAAUCUUGUCUUAUUUUGAUUUGCUCCAAAAUUAACAGUGAAUUUGAUUGAAUUUACUCUGUAUCUUCAGAGUGCAGAGGAGCAGCAGCAGCAGUAGCUCGGGCACGGGAGAAGCACGGGAGACAGCAGAGCUCCAUCGGCGGGAGCUCGAGGAUAAGCAACAACGGGAGCUCGAGGAGAAGCAGCAGCCAGAGCUCAAGGAGAAGCAAUCGCCGGAGCUUGAGGAGAAGCAGCAGCGGGAGAUCGAGGACACGCGGGAGAGCAGUUUUGGGCGGCGGCGCAGAUCUGGGCGACGACAGAGCAGGUCUGGGCGACGGCAGAGCGGGUCUGGGCGGCGGCGGCGGCGACGCCCGUACGGAAUCGUGGCUGGCCGGCGCCGGCCCCUGGCAAUCGUGCGGGGGACAAGCGGAGGAAGAUGUGGCGGAGGUGUCUGUUUGUCAGACUUUUCCAAUUGCGAGGGUUGUUCUGCAAAUUCGCCAAUGAACUGGGGCCGCGACAUGAAUUUUGGGACGGAGGGAGUACUACUCUUAUUGGUUUGUUGGUAAUAAAUGCAUUUGCGGUUGGGGUUAGUUAAUUGUCUAUCUCUUUUGAUAUACCCAACUAUAAAUUAUUGCAAGUGAGUGUUUCAUGCUUCAUCUUUGUUCACUUGCACAUAUAUUGGGUUGUAAUGAAAUGGGGGGAGUGUCUCUCCACUGGUGUGCCUUCUGUAUUCAAAUGCAACAUUUACAAUAUGGCACAAAGUUAGUGGAGCUCU